AUGUUGAAAUAUAUAACACUGUUUUGUGCUAUGCUUCUUUUGGCAUCAGCUGAACCACCCAUUCAAGGUGUAAGACCAACAAACGUACUUGGCUCUUCAGAUCAGCAUGCAUCUUUCAGUUUUGUUAGACCAGGUUUAACACAAACAGCCUUUGCUUUCAGUGGUCCUAGCUCUCAUCAAUCAUUUAGUUCCAGUAUUGGAAAUCCUUAUUUAGCACAAAGAGUUUUACCACACCUUGCUAAUGCACUUGCUUAUAGAAAUCCUGGCUUAGGUGUAUUUCCGGCUGGUCCUAUCGCACAUGGUUAUGCCAAUGCACCAGUUGCACCGACUUUUGUGUCUCCUGCACCUGCACCAUUGCCCUACCAAGCUUCUGUAGAUCCAGCUACAUUAGCUUAUUACCAACAAUUGCAACAAAUUCAACAACCCCAGUUACAACAAGGUUAUUCUGCAGCUGCAGCUUAUCAAGCACAAUUAGCACAGUUACUUGCAUUAAGACAAGCUCAAGCUCAAGUUCAAGCUCAGUCUCAAGAACAUGUGCAAACUGCACAAGCACAAGUGCCUGAACAGAUUCAGUUACAACAAGAAGAAGAACAACAACAGCAGCAACAAGCUCAGAAUUUAUUAGGAAUUGCUUAUUCAUCAGCACCUACAGUAGCAAGAGUGAAAGCUUCAGGAAAUGGCUAUAAAAUUGAUUUCUAA